UGAUCACGUGACCCUUCAUCCGCGCGGAAUUCAGGCUCCGGCGGCGCUUGUAGUUUGCAGGGGGUGCUGUUGUUGGAAGAAGCUCGGGAAGCAGAAGAAAUGGCGGAUUCCUCUGAGUCGAACAUGGCUACCAGCCCAGUGCAGAACUCUCGCCGAGGAGAGGCCUUCACAUCCAGUCCAGGGAGAGAUCUACCACCCUUCGAGGAUGAGUCUGAAGGACUCCUGGGGACAGAGGGACUCCCUGAUGAAGAGGACGAAGAUGGAGAGGAGUUGAUUGGUGAAGGGAUGGAAAGGGACUAUCGUCCUAUUCCUGAGCUUGAUGUCUAUGAAGCUGAAGGUUUAGCCUUGAAUGAUGAAGAUCUGGAAGAGCUAACUGCCAGCCAAAGAGAAGCUGCAGAACGUGCAAUGAGACAGAGGGACCGUGAGAUGGGUCGAGGCCUGGGCCGCAUGCGGAGUGGACUGCUUUAUGAGAGUGAUGAUGAAGAUGAGGGUCGUCCUUUGCGGAAGAGGCGCCUGGCUGAACGGGCUGCUGAAGGUAUGGAGGAAGAGGAGGAAGACAUGAUCGAAAGCAUAGAGAACCUGGAAGACAUGAAGGGGCAUUCGGUGAGAGAAUGGGUGUCCAUGGCAGCUCCCCGUCUUGAGAUCUACCAUCGCUUCAAGAACUUCCUAAAGACCCAUGUGGAUGAUCAUGGUCACAAUGUCUUCAAAGAGAGGAUCAGUGACAUGUGUAAAGAGAAUAAAGAGAGUGUGGUGGUGAAUUAUGAAGAUUUGGCUGCCCGGGAACAUGUCCUUGCCUACUUCCUUCCGGAAGCCCCAGCUGAGAUGUUGAAGAUCUUCGAUGAAGCAGCCAAGGAAGUAGUAAUGGCUAUGUAUCCCAAAUAUGACCGGAUUGCUCAGGAAAUCCAUGUCCGCAUCUCACAUCUACCUCUGGUGGAGGAGUUACGAUCACUUAGGCAAUUACAUCUAAACCAGCUUAUCCGGACAAGUGGAGUUGUGACAAGCUGUACAGGGGUCCUUCCCCAGCUCAGCAUGAUCAAGUAUAAUUGUACCAAAUGUGGUUUUGUCUUGGGGCCUUUCUCACAGUCUCAAAACCAAGAAGUAAAACCAGGAUCUUGCCCAGAGUGUCAAUCUGUUGGUCCCUUUGAUAUCAACAUGGAAGAGACAGUCUACCAGAACUAUCAGCGCAUCAAAAUCCAGGAGAGCCCAGGGAAGGUGGCAGCUGGCAGGCUUCCUCGCUCAAAGGAUGCCAUUUUACUGGCUGACCUGGUUGACAGUUGCAAGCCAGGAGAUGAGAUUGAGCUAACUGGAAUAUACCAUAAUAAUUAUGAUGGCUCUUUGAAUACUGCGAAUGGGUUUCCAGUGUUUGCGACUGUGAUCCUGGCCAAUCACAUCACCAAGAAAGAUAAUAAGGUGGCCGUUGGGGAGCUCACAGAUGAGGAUAUGAAAGUUAUUGUAGGACUGUCUAAAGAUGAGCAGAUUGGAGAGAAAAUCUUUGCCAGCAUUGCUCCUUCCAUCUAUGGGCAUGAAGAUAUCAAAAGGGGGCUGGCUCUAGCCCUGUUUGGAGGAGAACCCAAAAACCCAGGAGGAAAACACAAAGUCCGUGGAGACAUCAAUAUGUUGCUUUGUGGCGAUCCUGGCACAGCCAAGUCUCAGUUCCUCAAAUAUGUGGAGAAAGUAGCCAGCAGAGCGAUAUUCACCACCGGCCAGGGAGCUUCUGCAGUUGGUCUGACUGCCUAUGUGCAGAGACAUCCUGUAACCAAGGAAUGGACCUUGGAGGCUGGAGCCCUGGUGCUGGCAGACAGAGGGGUGUGCUUGAUAGAUGAAUUUGACAAGAUGAACGAUCAGGAUAGGACCAGCAUCCACGAAGCCAUGGAACAGCAGAGCAUUUCCAUCUCCAAGGCUGGCAUUGUCACCUCUCUACAAGCUCGCUGCACUGUUAUUGCUGCUGCCAACCCCAUAGGCGGGCGCUAUGACCCUUCUUUGACUUUCUCAGAAAACGUUGACCUGACCGAGCCCAUCAUAUCUCGCUUUGAUAUCCUGUGUGUGGUCAGGGACACUGUGGAUCCUGUUCAGGAUGAGAUGCUGGCUCGAUUUGUUGUCAGUAGCCACAUUAAGCAUCACCCAAACAGCAAGGAUGCAGUAAAUGGAGAGUCUCAAGAGAUUAUCCUCCCUAAUUCUUAUGGCGUAGAGCCUAUUCCACAGGAGGUCCUGAAGAAAUACAUUAUUUACGCAAAGGAAAAAGUCCAUCCCAAACUCAAUCAGAUGGACCAGGACAAAGUGGCCAGGAUGUAUAGUGAACUCAGGAAAGAAUCCAUGGCAACUGGGAGUAUCCCCAUCACAGUGCGUCACAUAGAGUCCAUGAUCCGAAUGGCGGAGGCUCAUGCUCGCAUGCACCUGCGGGAUUACGUGGUGGAGGACGAUGUCAACAUGGCCAUCAGGGUCAUGCUGGAGAGUUUCAUCGACACACAGAAGUUUAGUGUUAUGAGAAGCAUGCGGAAGACUUUUUCCCGAUACCUUGCCUUCAGGAGGGAUAACAACGAGCUCUUGCUGUUCAUUUUGAAACAACUUGUAUCAGAACAGAUGACGUAUCAGAGGAAUCGCUAUGGAGCACAACAGGACACCACUGAAGUGCCGGAGAAAGACUUAAUUGAUAAGGCCCGUCAAAUCAACAUCCACAAUCUUUCUGCCUUCUUCGAUAGUGAUUUGUUCAAGAUGAACAAGUUCAGCCGUGACAUCAAGCGAAAAUUAAUCGUGCAAAAUUUCUGAGGCAAUGACUUCGCAAGCGGUUGGAGACAAAAGCAGUUCAGAGCUAUGCUUCCUCUUCUGUUGCAGCAACACGUGGCAAUCCUCAAGGCUCUUCCUUAUAUCUAUUUCAGAAAAGAACUAGGAAACUGCUCUGCUGAAAGGCCUGUAAAUAGAAUAAGAAUAGAAUGGAAUGGUCCUGUGGUUAAAAAAAAAAAAAAAACAGAACUGCUGUGAGCCUGCAUUUGCUGGAUGAAGCCCCAGAGGAAUUGUUUCCUAUUGGCCUCAUUUUGGAAAUUGGACUUGACAUUGGUAGUGGUGAAUGGGUCAUCUCCAAUAAGCAGUACCGCUAUUCUCAAGUUCACUUUAAAGCAUCUGCGGCUUUCCAUUUCCUCUCAUUGUACCCUGCUUAUUGUUUCAUGUGCUUGUGUAUGAAAAUUGAAAACAGCCUGUGUUGAAGAUUAGUAGAAAUUCACAUUUUGUCUUCCUUUUAGAACUAUGUUAUGCUUUAUGCCAAAACAGAGAUGUACAAAAUUAGUUGGCGUGGCACCGACAUGCCAGGAGCACCCCAAAAUCAUGUCAAGCAGUUCAGCAGCAUGGGCCAGAGAAGGUUUAGCACAGUUCUGCAGAAGUUAUCUUCCCAAAGUAAUAUUUUUUACAUAUCCCUGAAGAUGUUUUUUCUCAUAUAUUUGCCCAAUAAAGUUGUAAUAGGAAAACAUUUACUAAAAAAUAUCCCCAAAGAUAUUAAAAUAACUUCUUAAAAAUAAAGGCAGAAAUUGGCUUGCUGUUUAAAAAGUUCUAUAUUCCAAAAUUCACUGCUUCACAUUUUAACAAUAUGCUUUUUGAAUAAUAUUUAUCAUUUUUCCUCUGUUGUUUGAACUCCUGUUGUAAUAAAGAUAACUUAAAGCCAGUGUAACACUUAAACUUUACAAAUCCAUUUUUGUAUCAGCUUUGGCUGGAGAUGGUACUUCAUCAAAUACCUGGGUUCUCCCCAGCUUUUUAGCAAGCGGAAUCAGAAAGAGUAAAUGUCUAAAACCCAACUUUUAUGCAGAAGCAAGAUUUCUUCUGGAAAAAUAGCAGGAAUGAAUUGUUCACCAGUAACUAAUACCUGUCCUGAAUUUUUGAUACAAGAUAUUAAAUGCUAAAGAUAGAACAUCUGUAUGUCCCUCCUAAUGCAAAAUGUUUCUUUUGCACUAGAUGUUGAUUAUUGCUGAGAGAUGAGGGGUGAAGUAAAUAAAGAAGUAAAUACAGCAAGCUUUAGGCUUGCCUACCCAUGAUCUAAAUCACCAAGCCAAGAACCUCUGAUUUUAUUUCCACUUUUGUGCUUUAAAUUAUUUCCUGUUUAGAACUCUUCUGAAUGUUCACAACCCAAUUCUAUGGAAUGGAAUGGUCGUUCUCUUCUACUGUGUUUGUAGUUCCAUUAGUAACUUUUCAUGUUGUGUCUAUUUUAAGGGGAUCUCCGAGAAGUCUACUUGAGAGAGAAUCCUGUUUAUUAUGCAACAUCGCCUACAUAUCGCUGCAAUCUAGAAGUUCUAACCUUUUUCUUAAUAGGCUCUAGUGUUUGAUUGAUUUCAAAUAUAUUCAACGGUAAUGUAAUGGUUUACCUUUAAUUUCCAGAAUGUUCAACAUUGCCAGAUGCCUUAUGUAGACUAAUAAAAAAACAUAAAAAUAGAAUAUCCAUUUUUGCGA